AUGUAUGCAGCAGUGGAACAUGGGCCUGUUCUUUGCAGCGAUUCCAACAUCCUCUGCCUCUCCUGGAAAGGCAGAGUCCCCAAAAGUGAGAAGGAGAAACCGGUGUGCAGGAGGCGGUACUAUGAGGAAGGCUGGUUGGCAACAGGCAAUGGCAGAGGAGUUGUAGGCGUCACUUUUACUUCCAGCCAUUGCAGGAGGGACCGGAACACCCCUCAGAGAAUCAACUUCAAUCUGAGGGGCCACAACAGUGAGGUUGUGCUGGUGAGGUGGAAUGAACCAUUCCAGAAAUUAGCAACCUGCGAUGCAGAUGGAGGAAUAUUUGUUUGGAUACAAUAUGAAGGCAGAUGGUCCGUGGAGCUCGUGAAUGACCGUGGGGCACAGGUAAGCGACUUUACAUGGAGCCAUGAUGGGACUCAGGCACUUAUCUCCUAUAGAGAUGGAUUUGUGCUGGUCGGUUCAGUCAGUGGACAAAGACACUGGUCUUCAGAAAUCAACUUGGAGAGUCAGAUUACCUGUGGCAUAUGGACUCCAGAUGACCAACAGGUACUGUUUGGCACUGCUGAUGGACAGGUUAUUGUCAUGGAUUGCCAUGGCCGAAUGCUGGCCCACGUGCUCCUUCAUGAGUCAGAUGGCAUCCUCAACAUGUCCUGGAACUACCCCAGCUUCCUGGUGGAGGACAGCAGCGAGAGCGACACAGACUCUGAUGACUAUUCCCCACCACAAGACGGACCAGCUGCGUAUCCUGUCCCGGUGCAGAACACCAAGCCACUACUUACUGUCAGCUUCACGUCAGGAGACAUCAGUUUAAUGAACAAUUAUGAUGAUUUGUCUCCUACUAUCAUCCGCUCAGGGUUGAAAGAUGUGGUGGUACAGUGGUGCACACAAGGAGACCUACUUGCAGUAGCAGGCAUGGAGAAGCAGAGCCAGCUGGUUGACCUCAGCAAUGGUUCCCUGCUGAAAAGCGCACUUGUCAAGUUCUACAAUGUGCGUGGGGAGCAUAUCUACACUCUGGAGACACCUGUACAGCGUCCCAUCAUCUCGAUCUGUUGGGGUCACAGGGAUUCCCGCCUGCUGAUGGCUUCUGGGCCCGCGCUGUAUGUGGUCAGGGUGGAGCACAGGGUCUCCAGUCUGCAGCUGCUGUGCCAGCAGACCAUUGCCAGCUGUCUGCGGGAUGACAAGGACAUCAGCAAGCUGACCCUGCCCCCUCGGCUCUGCUCGUACCUCACCACUGCCUUUAUACCAACAAUCAAGCCUCCAAUCCCAGACCCAAACAAUAUGAGAGAUUUUGUCAGCUACCCAACAGCUGGUAAUGAACGACUUCACUGCACCAUGAAGCGGACAGAAGAUGACCCAGAGGUCGGUGGUCCAUGUUACACUCUGUACUUGGAAUACCUUGGGGGACUGGUGCCCAUCCUGAAAGGACGUCGUAUCAGCAAGCUGAGGCCAGAGUUUGUCAUCAUGGAUCCUAAAACAGAUGGAAAAGCAGAUGAAAUCUAUGGAAACAGCUUGAUUUCCACUGUGAUUGACAGCUGCAACUGCUCUGACUCCAGCGAUAUCGAACUCAGCGAUGACUGGGCAGCAAAGAAAUCUCCAAAAAUCAGUCGAGCUAGCAAAUCACCUAAACUCCCCAGAAUCAAUAUAGAAGCUCGCAAAUCUCCAAAGAUGUCACGAGCUGCACAGGAGAUCUCAAGAUCACCAAGGUUACCAAUAAGGAAACCCUCUAUUGGUUCACCAAGCCUAACACGAAGAGAGUUUCCUUUAGAAGAUAUUACUCAGCACAACUACCUUGCUCAGGUCACAUCUAAUAUCUGGGGAACCAAAUUUAAAAUUGUGGGUUUGGCUGCUUUUCUACCAACUAAUCUCGGUGCAGUAAUAUAUAAAACCAGUUUGCUGCAUCUGCAGCCCAGGCAAAUGACAAUAUAUCUCCCAGAAGUGCGGAAGAUUUCAAUGGACUACAUUAACAUGCCUGUAUUUAAUCCAAAUGUUUUCAGUGAAGACGAAGAUGAUUUACCAGUGCCCGGCGCCCCCGGCGCGCCCGCCAGCAGCCCGCCCUGCACCGUCAACAUCCCCAUCGCGCCCAUCCACAGCUCGGCGCAGGCCAUGUCCCCCACGCAGAGCAUCGGCCUGGUCCAGUCGCUGCUCGCCAACCAGAACGUGCAGCUGGACGUGCUGACAAACCCGCCGGCCGAGGCGGGGGGCGAGGGGCCGGGGCCCUUCCCGGGGGCUCCGGGGCGCUUUCCCGGGGCGGGGGCGCUGGCCGUGGGCGAGCUGGGCCGCCCCGCCCCGCCGCCGCUCGCCCCGCCGCCGCCCGCGCCCCCCGCCAUCGCCCUGGCCGACCUGCGGGACCACGGCGACCGCGAGCACGAGCCCCCGCCGAAGGCCAAGGCCCCGCGGCCGGGGCCACCGCUGCUGGAAGGGGACGCCGUCAUCUUCGGGGCCGCUCAGGAGCUGCAGCUGAACAAGAUGAACCCGCCGCCUCCCUACCCCGGCACCAUCCCCGCCGUGCCCGCCGCCGCCCUGCCGCCCCCGCCCGGCCCCCCGCAGCCGCCCCUCGAUAUCUGCCUCAAGAAGGGGGAGUUCUCCCUCUACCCGGCGGGGCACUACCAGACGCCCCUGGGGUACGAGAGGAUAACGACGUUCGACAGCAGCGGGAAUGUGGAGGAGGUGUGCCGGCCUCGCACCAGGAUGCUCUGUGCCCAGAGCACCUACACCCUGCCGGGCCCCGGCAGCUCCGCCACCUUGCGCAUCACAGCUGCCGAGAAGAAGAUGCAGCAGCCCUGCGCCAGCGCCACCUUGAACCGGCUCACGGUCCCCCGUUACUCCAUCCCAACCGGGGACCCGCCGCCCUACCCUGACAUUGCCAGCCAGCUGUCCCAGGGCAGAAGCAUGGCGCAGAGGCUGGACAGCAGUAUCAUUCAUGCUACUCUGCGGAGGAACAGCAGAGAGGCAGCCCUAAAAAUGGCUCAGCUGAUGGAUGGUCAGAGAGCCACCUUGCAACUUCCCCCUAAGGCUAAGAGCAACAUUGUGUCAGCACAGUACCAGCCGAGAGUGCCCACAGCCUUGUACACCUGCAGCCAGUGCAGCAGUGGCGGCGCUGGCAGCAGCAGCGGCAGCGCGAGUGCUGGUGGGGCGGGCAGCAUUGCUAGUGCCAGUACUGGUAGCAGCACUUCCACUAUUGGUGGCAUGAGACCAGAUCUGAGCGCAGGGAGUGGCUCCCAACACAGCUCUGUCAUUGCUCACUCUGUCAGUACUUCACCUCUGACCUCCCAGUCCUCCUACAGCUUGCUGAGCCCGCCUGACAAUUCCCGUGACCGAGCGGAUUAUAUCAACUCCGCUUUCACAGAGGAUGAGGCCCUUUCUCAGCACUGCCCAGUGGAGAAAUCAGUACGGCACGUACCUGUGUCCUUGACAGAGGCUACCCUUAGUGUAAAACGACCACCGCCGUACCAGUGGGAUCCUAUGGUGAGCGAAGAGAUAUGGGUUCCUCAGGAAAGGACAUCUCAGAGCUCAGUGCCCAACCCUCUAAAACCUCCUCCACUCAUCAUUGGUCAAGCUCAACAUCUGGAUAUGUCUAGAGUGCCAUUUGUUUCCCCCAAGUCUCCAACCAGUCCCACUGCCACUUUUCAGACAAGUUAUGGAGUUGGAGUACCUUACCCAGGAAGCUACAGUGCCCCACCCCUUCAGGGAAUGCAGGCCCCCUGCUCCCCCAAAGAAGCUCUGGCCCCAACACAGUUUGCACAGCAGGACCCCACAGUUGUGCUUCAGCCAGGUUAUCCAUCCAACCUCUCCUAUUGCCCUUUGCCACCCAUGUACCCGGGAAGUAGCACUUGCUCUAGUUUACAGCUGCCACCGAUCGCCUUGCACCCAUGGAGCUCCUACAGCGCCUGCCCACCCGUACAGAACCCCCAGGGCACCUUGCCCCCCAAGCCGCUCCUUGUGGUGGAGAAGCCAGUGAUGUCUCCCCCGCCAGCAGAGCUGCAGGGCCAUGUGGGCACAGAGGUAAUGGUGGAGACAGCAGACACGUUCCAGGAGGUGCUCUCCUUGACAGAAAGCCCUGUUCCUCAAAGGACAGACAAAUUUGGCAAGAAGAGCCGGAAACGCCUGGACAGUCGAGCUGAGGAAGGAAAUGUGCAGGCUAUCACUGAGGGCAAGGUCAAAAAGGAGGCAAGGACACUGACUGACUUCAAUUCACUGAUAGCCAGCCCUCGGCUGGGGAGGGAGAAGAAGAAGGUCAAAAGCCAAAAAGAUCAGCUGAAGUCCAAGAAACUAAACAAGACAAAUGAGUUUCAGGACAGUUCAGAGAGUGAGCCAGAGCUUUUUAUCAGUGGAGAUGAGCUGAUGAACCAGAGCCAGGGCAGUAAAAAGGGUUGGAAAACCAAAAGGAGUUUGAGGACAGCCAGUGAGCUGGAUGAAUUCAAGUGCCGGAAGGCCAGUGAGAAGGAGGAUGGGCGACUGGGAAGCCAAGGCUUUGUGUAUGUGAUGGCCAACAAGCAGCCACUGUGGAACGAGGCAACACAAGUCUACCAGCUGGACUUCGGAGGGCGGGUGACCCAGGAGUCGGCAAAAAACUUCCAGAUUGAGCUGGAAGGACGACAGGUGAUGCAGUUUGGAAGAAUUGAUGGCAAUGCUUACAUUUUGGACUUUCAAUAUCCAUUUUCUGCAGUGCAAGCCUUUGCUGUUGCUCUGGCUAAUGUGACUCAACGCCUCAAAUGA